AUGGCUGCUGCAGCGGCACGGGACGCUGCCGGGGAAGAAGAGAUGGAUGAGGAGUUGGAAGACCUACCGGAAACCGAGAAGGAGGUGGACCCCCUUCGCCAUGCGAAGAUCCGGCGUGAGGUGAAUGGCACGACCUUCUCAGGUUAUGUGGAAGACAUUGAGCAAGGCAAGGUCACCCAUGAAAGACUCUACCGGAUAAAGUAUGAGGACGGUGAUCUUGAGCACUUGACACCGGAGCAGGUAAAGAAACUGAGGAUCGAAGACGAUGAAGAGAUGGAGGAGGGAGAUCAAGAUGAAGAUGAGGAAGCCGAAGAGGAGGAACUACCCAAGGCAAUGAAGACAUCUCCGAAAGCCAAGGCGAAGGCCAAAGCGAAGGCGAAGGCGAAAGCGAAGGCCUCCCCGAAGGCCAAGGCAAAGGCCAAAGCUAAGGCAGUGCCGAAGGCAAAAGCCAAGGCAAAGGCGAAGGCGAAAGCCAAGAGCAAGCCUACGCCCAAGGCAAAGGCAAAAGCCAAGGCCAAAGCAAAGGCCGUUAUCAAGAAGCCUUCGAAGCGAUGA